GAGAGAGAGAGAGAGAGAGGCUUGUGAAGCUUUUCUAUCAAGGAAAGUUCCAACCCAGAUAGACAUGAGGAGGGAAAAAAUCAAAAUCCAUAGGAGAGAAAAAGAAAACAAAGCGUUCAAGAAGAGUAUAGAACGGACACUUGGUGGAGACCUGAGCUGUUUCCACUUUCCAUGUAUUUUCAGAGAGAGAGAGAGAGAAAGAGAGACAUGCAGCAAAGUGACACGAGGCUUAGUGAGUGAGGUCUCAAAACUGAAACUGCAAACAAUUGGUUAGCAGCCACAAAUGCCACCUUACCACCAAAAUUGUCUGUUUUUGAAAAAUGCAAUAAUGAUUCCAUACCAUCCUCCUUUGAUAAUUUCACUAUUUCCACAUUAUUAUCCUCCUUAGAUACACUCCAAUUCUUACCACUGUCCCACCCCUCCAAUCCAAUCUAUAAAGCUGCUCCCUUUUCCUUCAGUUUGUUCACACAAAAGCAAAAGGGUGACAGAGAAAGUGAGAGAUAGAGAGAAAAGGAGAAGAAGAAGAAGAAGAAGAAACUAGUGGUGGGUUGUGGCCUAAGCUUCAUUUCCUGUGUCCACCGACUCUCAGCUAUACUGGGUGCUGUGAUUUCAGGUCUGUGGAGAAGACUUUCUGUUUAAACUCCCUCUGGCAAUCUGUUGACCUCUGAAGUGACUAUUGUAGGCCAAGAUGAAUGGUCAAGGAAGCACCUCCAACUCAUUUCCUCAAAUGUUUUACGUUGACCAUGGGCCGGAUGUCAACAAUCUUGGGUUUCUUCAGAAUAAUGUGUUUGCAACUGAUCCUUCAGUUCAUGAUAGGCAUUCUGUUAUAGGCCAUGUGGGCCAAUCUAGUUCCAGUUUGAACGCCCAAUACCAGAGCAGUGCUCAGGAGUUGCUCGGCAGACAUGGAUGGCUUUCUUCUGCUAGUGCCUCUGAUCGAACUGGUCAAAGGUUUCAAGGAAGGCAUUCUGAGCUAAAUGUUGCUCCUUUUCAAGAGGUUGCAAAUAUAAUCCCAAAUAAUGAUCAGGUCACAAAUAGGCUAUCAAUUAUGCAAGGGGCCAAUUCUGGUGCUCUCCCUUGGAACAUAGACUUGAAUGCCUUUAAUGAGAGCAAUAACAGAGAUUUCAACCAGGAUAUGGGGGAAGGUUUAAGCCUGCACCUUUUUAAACCUGAUGGACUAGAAGCUGAUCAGAAUCCACAUUCCAGCAAUUCUUCUAUCCCACACAUUAUAUCUUCUGGACUUGCAAGACAUAUGUUGGAAGAAAAUGAUGGCAGAGAGAGUCUAUCAUUAGAAGGUAGGCGGCUACCCUGCAAAAGAAGAGCACCUCAAGAUGCUCCUGGACUAAUGUCUUUGGGUGAAAGUUCAAGCACUGCACAAGGUUCUGGAAAUUCUGAAUGGCAAGCUGUUCCCACUCAAGGAAAUGCCAACAGCAGCUUGAAUAUAUCAACUCCUUUGAUUAUUCCUCCAAAUAUAAGUCAAACAGAACAUUUGGAGAAUAGACUUGACAUUGGCCUAACGGGAGCAUUUUCUGGUGUGCACCGAACUUCAAGUGGGGCAGGACAAGCACAAGGUUCCCAGAGAAAUAUCCGUCUGAGGAGAGGUGCAAAUGUACAAGAUUUUGUACCACCUAGUAUGGUGGUGAGUGGGACCCCAAGAAAUUCUCAUUUGCAUUCAUCCGCUCAGCCAUAUGUGUUUUUUCCGUUUGAUCGAUCUGCGAACUCAGGCUCAGCAGCAACAUCACAAGUUAAUGCGACUUAUCCAGUGCACCCUUCGGCGCAUGUUCCUAUUGCGUUGCAACAUCUUCAGCCUUCCCCAUGGAGUGAUUUGAUGAGGUUAAGACAUGGUGUGGGAUCCAUGCCUCCUGUUCAUGCUGUCAAUGGUGGUGACACUUUGCAGCAAGAACUGAACUCAAUGAACAUUCCAUGGAACACCCUACUUACUCCUGAAACUGAAAGGGGAAAUGUGGGACAGAAUCCCAGAUAUUUUAGCAAUGUCAAUAGGAAUUCAAACUUUCCUAGAACCAUUGCUAAUGGUUCUAGAAAUGGAACUCUUUCAGUUGCUCCUUUCACAGUUGCUCCUACCAGGGUUCCUGAACCCAACAUGGCUGAAUCUAGUGGGCAGGGUGGUUACUACCCACUAAAUUUAAGGACUUCUCCAGCAUUGAGGGGAAUGGAGCUUUCAACAAGAGCUGGUCAUGUGAGACCUCCUCAAAUACGUCUGAGGUCAGAACUGAUAGCAGCAAGACUUGGGAGACAAGCUAGUGGUCAUCCUGAAAAUCCCCCUGCAUUACAGUCCAUCAGUGCCUCUCAAAGCAGUAGUAGACUGGUAGCUGAGGUUCUAAAUGCCUUGGCACUUGUUCGUAGGGGUGUUACCUUCCGAUUUCGGAAUGUUCUGGUUAUUAACCGUUCAGUUUUAUAUGCCGUACCUGAGGAGGAUGAUAUGCAUGAGAACAUGCGUCUUGAUGUAGAUAACAUGUCUUAUGAGGAAUUACUGGGCUUGGAAGAGCAAAUUGGGAAUGUUUGCACUGGACUUAGCAACGAAGCUAUUUUGGCAAAUUUGAGGUGGCAAAAAUAUGAGCCCAUCGCAUUAGGGUCUCCAGUGGAGAAUGAAUCAUGCUGCAUCUGUCAGGAGGAAUAUGUUCAUGGAGAUGGCCUUGGGAAGCUGGAUUGUGGGCAUGACUUUCACCAUGCCUGUAUUAAACAGUGGCUAGUGCAGAAGAAUUCCUGCCCCAUUUGCAAAAAGACGGCACUGGCUGUUAGAGACAGAUAAUUAAUUUCUGAGCUACUUUUGCAAACUAGAGAUAAAACCAGAGAAAAGUUCUUUCCUGCGCAUGGAUGGCAUCUUUAGUAUCUUUAUAGACAUCAUAAUUUUUUUUUUUUUUUAAUUAAUUUUAAAUAUAACACAGUUUUCCAUUUGCAACAAUGUGCAAGCCCAUUAGAUGCCUUGGUGCCUCAUGGUCUUGCCUUUUCCUUGCAGAAGGCAAUAGUUUCUAUGGCUGGGGUGACAUGCUAGGGCAUUGGCCUGCUAGUGGGGAUGUGGUAUAUAGAACAAAAUUUUCUAAACUUCUUUGUACUCUUGGGGUCAUGGAUACAGUAAGCAACAGCUUGUCAAUGUGAAAAUAGAUUAAAGUUGAAUUGA